AUGCCUGUACCAAACAAAGACGCUCUUAGCUUCGGCGUGGCUAGGGGAAUGAUAAAUACCCCAUCGAAAGUGAUUAACGGAGUGUACUUUGACAAGAAACGCUCGCUGGCAACUGGACUGGCGAUCACGUCUGGUGCCGUUGGCGCGCUCAUUGGCCCUCUACUGUGUGUCAAACUCAUCGAGCUCUAUACGUGGCAUGGCACACUCAUCAUUCUAGCUGGCAUGUACCUACAAACAGUGGCAGCCAGCGCCCUCUUCCGGGACAUACCCAAAGCAGCGAAAGAAGAGCUAAGCCAACGUCGCAGCAGCAACAAUACGUCGCUAAUGAUGCCAAUCCCAGACAUGAUAAAAUUCGGAGCCCACUGCUUGAGUAGUCUCGCCAUGGGCUUCAGUACGCUAAUGUUCGUGACAUUCUGCGUGCUGUACGGCAUGUCGCAGGGCUUGAGUCUCGCGCGGGCUGCACAGAUGAUGAGCGUGAUCAACGUGAGCAGUGCACUCAGUGCCUUUCUGGUGGCAGCGACGGGCGACAGACCGUGGUUUCCACGGCCGCUGGUCUACGGCCUUGCGACGCUAACGAUUUCGAUCAUCGCUUUCUUGUUUCUGCUGGCGGGUGAACUGUCUGUGUUUGUUGUUUGCUGCGUGUUCUACGGAUGCAGCGGUGGCAUACGAGCGAGCAUGGAGACAGCCAUGCUCGUGGACCUGUUCGGAAUAGAGCAUCUACCGACGGUCCAGCCUAUCUACUCGCUCUUCUUUGGCCUCGGAGCUUUUACUGGACCUCUGGCCGCGGGUGGUGUGUUGGACUACACUGGCAACCUGAAGUUAGUUGUCAUCCUUUGUGGAAGCACGGCUGGUCUGAGCGCAGCGUUGCUGAGUGGCGCCCUCUAUAUCGACUACAGACAGAAGCAUACGAAGCAGGAAGAACCGCCUCCGAGGCGAUCGAGUAAAGUCGAAAUCAUUUUCGACGAUGCGACCAGGUCGCAGCACAUAUAGAUCCUUGUAGAUGUAUAUAUGGUUUGGAUGUAUGUGUAAGGUGCUUUAACGCGCCACAAUAAAUGACUCAGACGUUGCUGGCGAUGGAAUAUAGGCCUAUGUAUCGAUGGAAGAUCUUGCAUGUUAUCUUCGUAAAUAAGCACGUCUCGCGGUGCUUUGUUUUGCGUAAAUAUAUUACUAAUGUACCCUGUUAUAUCAAUUAAUCGCUACAUAGCGUGAUGAAGUAUCUGAUACGUAGAUUCACCACAUCGCCUAUGUGUGCUGCAAUGUUACAGAGAGUACAUAGUAUGAUGGGAGUAUGAUAAGCUAGACCUGCUCGUGCAUUAUGUGUCACUACAAGUUGCUUCUAGUGCAGGACGUUGCUAAAUACCUGCUAAAGUCGGUUUACCCAACUUCGAGUCGAUGACACAAAUUUGAUAGAUGCAUAAAUCCGGUGCUCAUCGUUUAUUCUGCAAAUAGAUAUAUAGAAAUAUUUUUACUUAUAUACUUGGAUGUUGACAUAUUAUAUGUGGAGUAAAAUUAUAAAAAAGCGUAGGCCUACAUCCAUCUUACGCUCACGUACCAAAAGCCAUACGUAAUCUUGAUCUUAUUAGUUCUAUAUGCACGGUAACGUCUAUACUAUUAUCAUUUGCUAUAUGUACUAGACUAGAAGUAACUACACACAUUGUAUGACAUGUUACAUAACAUCACAUGUUGCCAAUCGUUUUUACAUAAACACGUAGCAUUACGUUAAGCACUAAUAGUAAUAUAACUAUAUAACUAUAUACUAUAUAACUAUACACACAAUAUAUGUGUAGUUACAAUGAAUA